CAGCAAUUCCUUUUCUUUUAUGACAAUAAAUUGAACAAUCGUUGCAGGAAUAUACCCUUAGUGUCUUAUUAUAUUCUCAUCACCAUGCAAUGGUACACAGGUUACGGCAAUAGAAUCAUGGGCAAGUGGGCGAUUCUCAUCAACCACGAGCGUCUGUACUGGUUCAAUGGCGAUGGGGGAAGUGCGGAUGGCUACGGAGAGAGACACUACAUGCGUCUCGAUUAUCUGGGAUACAUUUCGACAUGGUCUCGCGAUUAUCAUGUGUACCAUGACAAGUGGGAUCAGGCCCUCCCCUCUCACACCAUGCAGAACGGAAACUGCUGGGCGUUCUCUGAAGAUGAUAUUAAGGCGUACGGAGAUAUCAUCGAACAGAAUGCUGGAGGCGCUUAUUUUGCACCAAACCCUUACUAUCAUCCUGGCGCACCUCGGCGGCCACGUCGGCCUUGAAUGUCGGGUAGGGUGGAAAGGACAUGGACGUUUCAGGGCGGUGGAUGAUGCAGGUGUACAGGGAGAAUUAUGAACAGAAUUCUUGAAUUGUUUUUAUCCUUUCGUUUCGACUCCUCUUUCUGUUGCUCAUGCCUUCCGGGUUAGGUUUUGGUGGGACUGCUUAUGUGAGAACAGAUAGGGUAGACCUCAGGAU